UUUUUGACACCCGUAAUAUCGGAUGAGAAAAUCCUGAUCCGUUUUCGCACCGAACGAUCGAAAAAGGCCUGCCUCGUACGUAGACUUUCCUGUUGAAACAACUAAAAGCACAGGAGCCAUGUUCAAGUCCGUCGUGCCCGUGCUGUCGCAGGUGCCAGCCGAGAUAUGCCUUGGCCAGCAGAACCGUGGCAUGGCCACGCUGAAGGCCAUUUCGAUUCGGUUGAAGUCGGUAAAGAACAUCCAAAAGAUCACCCAAUCCAUGAAAAUGGUGUCUGCCGCGAAGUAUUCCCGCGCUGAGCGUGAUCUGAAGCAGGCCAGACCCUAUGGAAUCGGUGCUCAGCAAUUUUACGAGAAAGCCGAAGUUGUCCCAAAAGAGGAAGAGGCGAAGAAGCUGUACAUUGCCAUCACCUCUGACCGUGGUCUGUGCGGUGCCGUACAUACCGGCGUUGCUCGCUACAUUCGUGGUGAGCUGGCGAAGGACCCCAACAUUAAGGUAUUUUGCGUUGGUGACAAGUCCCGUGCCAUCCUGUCGCGUCUGUACGGCAAGAACAUUGAGAUGGUCGCCAACGAAAUCGGGCGUUUGCCUCCGACCUUCUUGGAUGCUGCCAAGCUGUGCAAUGCCAUCCUGAAUCUUGGCUACGAGUAUACCGAUGGCAAGAUCGUGUACAACAAGUUCAAGUCGGUCGUCUCGUACUCGGUGUCGGACAUUCCGAUCUUCUCGCUGAAAUCGGUCGAAUCGGCAGAGAAGCUGCCGGUGUACGAUUCGCUCGAUUCCGAGGUCGUGCAGAGCUACCUGGAGUUUUCGUUGGCCUCGCUGCUGUUCUACACGAUGAAGGAAGGUGCCUGCUCCGAGCAGUCCUCCCGUAUGACGGCUAUGGACAACGCCUCCAAGAACGCCGGAGAGAUGAUUGACAAGCUGACGCUGACCUUCAACCGUACCAGACAGGCGGUGAUUACCCGUGAGCUGAUUGAAAUUAUUUCUGGUGCUUCGGCUCUGGAGAGCAAGGACUAAGCGUGGAGUUGCGAAAUCAAGAAAAGUAUGCUCUGUGCUGGUCGGCCAUCCGUUACGCGCGAUUCGAACUUUCACCGAAAAAAUCGUCGUCAUCCAGCAAAACGCAAAAGCGAAUUUCCCUACGAGAGGACGAUAACCGUGCAUAGUGAUUUAGGAAAUUGUCAUCUCUCCACGAAUGCAGACAGAAAAGAAAUAGUACCAUAAAAGUAUACAAAA